AUGCCCCCGCCGGACGUCGUCGCCCAUCCGAGCGAGGAAAUCCGAAUCGUAAUUGAAGUUUUCAUUGAUCUUCUUCCCCCGUUUGGACGCUCGGACAUAUCAUUAAGCUCCCAUAACCACAUGAAGGUCCAGAAGUCGGACCACCCCCACUCCUGGGACCCCUGCGUGAACUACUGCCUCCCCCCGAACUCCACCCUCUGCAACGCCAGCUCCACGCUCAACAAAUCCUGGACGGCCUCCAACAACAACACCAUCAACAGCGUCGACUACUGCAAGUCUCUGGUCUCUGCCAGCUUCUCCUCGGGCUCCAACGCCACAUCGGGCCCCAGCAGCCAGAGCUCCAGCACGCUGCCCCGGCCCUCGGUGCCCAUGAGCCCCCGCAACUCCCUCCUCAAGCGCCGCCAGAGGAAGAAGGAGCACAAGAGCUCCCUGUCCCUGGCGUCCAGCUCUGUGGGCCCCGGGGGGCAGGUGGUCCACGUGGAGACCAGUGAGGUGGUGCUGCUGGGCGACCCGCUCAACGGCUUCGGCGCUAAUGAGGCUGGGGACUACUUCCCCAUCUGGGGGACCUGCCAGGGCUUCCAGCAGCUGUCCGUGCUCACGGCCAACAGGAACCUGCUCACGCUGACCGACACCAGGGCCGCCGCCCUGCUCCUCACGCUGACCCCCGCCAGUAAGAAGACAGGAGAGCCCCUCAUCAUUUCGGACAUAAAGAAGGGCAGCAUGGCUCACAGAACAGGAACUCUGGAGCCGGGGGACAAGCUCCUGGCCAUCGACAACAUCCGCCUGGAGAACUGCUCCAGGGACGACGCCGAGCAGAUCCUGCAGCAGUGCGAGGAGCUGGUCAAACUCAAGAUACGCAAAGACGAAGACAACUCAGAAAUCUAA